AUGUUGAGAGUACUAUGGAAGCAAAGCUCUAACGCUGCUCGUUCGAAAAAAGUAUCAAAUGUAUUUGUAAGCAACUACACUCACAGUCUAAGGAACCCCUACUGGAAUUAUGCGAAGAGAAACUAUGCCCAAUCUUGGGACAACAGACAGCCUAAUGAAAAGAUUGAUGCGCAUAUCAAAGUACAAAAACUCAUGGACGAAAUAAAUUCGAAACCUAACGUUCUGGAAAAAUUAGAACAUGUUAGUAAUAUCAUGAUCGACAAAAAAUUGGUUAAUUUAGAUACAGCUUCUGCCAGUGAAGAAAACACGAUCAAACCAUGGCAAAUGAUUAAGAUUUUAAUGGAUAGAGACUUGAGACAUGCUAUGAAGGAGUUUAAAUUGGAAUUGGAAAAAUCAGGCAUCCAGUUGGGGCCUGACCAAUUAGGCCCACUAAUGACCGUUUUGGGAUUGGAGAAAAAAAAUGAGAGGUGA